AUGGCGUUUGCACGCAGGUUAGCCAUCCUCCCUGGCGGUCUUGGCGGCCUCGGAUCCUGCAUUGGUAAGAAAUUACAUCAACAAGGCGCACGGCUCGCGAUUCUCUACGCCCCCUUCGAAGCCGCCCGCCGCGAUCAACUACUCGAGGCCGGUUAUGGCGGUGACUCCAAGGUGAAUGAAAUCCACACCUACGAGUGCGAUAUCACCUCGCCCGAUUCGGUCCAAUCUGCCUUUUCCUCUUUACACGAGGACCUCGUCUCGCCAGAGUCUUCGUCUGGGGCUGAGCGGGCGUUCCCCAGCAUUCUGAUCAACGCGGCUGGAUACGUAUCUCUGAGCGAUAUGGAGAGUACACCACCAGAAGAAACGAUGAAACAUCUGUCCACCAACGUCUUCGGGCCGAUGCUCUGCUCACAGGCCUUUGCCAGUAUGUACUUUGCCGCGUCCCAGACAGCUACCUCCUCGCCUAGUCCUCUGCCACCCGGAAGGAUCGUCAGUCUCUCAAGUCAAGCUGCGCAUGCCGCGCUACAUCGGCAUGGGGCGUAUUGUGCUUCCAAGGCUGGGUUGAAUGGGUUAACUCGGAGUAUGGCUUCGGAGUGGGCUGGGCGGGGGAUUACUGCGAAUACGGUUUCGCCGACGGUCGCGUGGACGGAUUUGGGGAGGAAGGCGUGGGGAGAGGAGUCGGUGCGAGAGGCAUUUCUGAAGACGAUUCCCGUUGGGAAGUUUGCUCUUCCUGAGGAGGUUGCUGAUGCCGUUGUGUUUCUUUGUCAAGACUCGAGUGGGAUGAUCAAUGGCGCGGACAUUCGAGUUGAUGGUGGGUUCACCAUCAGGUAG